AUGGCUUCCGCGCCGACAUCGAAGGCAGCUCCCAUGAGGUCGAAUUUGACACCAUCGAUGACCUUGAAUGGUCAUGGAAACUUGAUCCAGUCCAUAUCCUAUUUUCCAGACGGUCAGCGAAUGAUCAGCGGAUCCGAGGACAAGACCGCUCGGCAAUGGGAUCUGAAGGCGGGCAAGGAGAUUGAGGAUUCGCGGAGUAUUUGCGAGAAUGAGGUAAGAGCAGUGGCGGUAUCAAGGGAUGGUCGAUGGGUUGUCACUAGCACUGGUGGUGGAGAUCGGAGUAGUGCCGAGUUGAAAGCCUGUGAGGUUGAGACGGGGAAUGUGAAAACAUUCAAAGGACACUCACGGAGGAUCAGAUGCAUUGACAUCUCCAUGGACAGCAAGCUGCUGGCGAGUGGAUCAGACGAUCAAACAGCGCGGAUAUGGAACCUGGGCACUGGCAAACUCGUGGCUGGUCCAUUCAAGAGCAUUGAUUGGGUGGGUGCAGUUCGAUUAUCCACAGAUUCGAAGAAACUCGCAGUCAAAUCGUGGCUGGGAACGUAUAUUGAGGUCUGGGAUGUCGAAUCGCAGAAAUUGGAUGUCAGAGCGGGGGAAUAUGAAGUAGGAGGGACGUCUGCGCCAAUGUUCUGGACAAACAACAACAACAUCAUCAUAGCUGCUUUCAGCUUCACCACGGACGACAAUGCCAGAACAAUUUACGAGUUUGACGCGUCGACGUUGAAGACUGUUGGAGCUGCCUUUGAAGGGCACACCAAAGAUGUCACUGGCCUAGCACUUUCAUUUGACCAUGCACUCCUCGCUAGUGCUUCCUUCGACAACACCAUCAAGCUCUGGGAUUGCGAGUCUCGUCAACUCCUCGCUUCCUUCAACGUUCAAAACCUUCUUAGACUCGUCCUCUCGCCCGACUCACGCCAAUUAGCUUACACGACAAUCACCAAAGACGACUGCAAGAUCUGUAUUUGUGAUAUUCCACCCGACGUCCUUGCUCAGGCUUGUAAUAUUGCACGCAAAAAGCCAUCGCUAUCGUUGCAGUCAGAUACAACUCGUCCUCCUCCUACUGGGCAUCGCAGAGCACCAAUAUCUACAUUACAUAUGUCGCAGAGACCUACACCUAAAACAGACCCAAAGCAGCCCACUUUCCUUCGCCUCCGAAAACUUCUUCGCUUUUUUCGCACGAAUGCAUCACAGCCAAGUCGGAAGGAUCAACUUCGUGAUCCCUUAGAUUUCCCUGCUACAUUACCCUUACCUCCUGAUGGCUGUCAUAGUUUGUCAUCAGACAAGGGGAAGCAAAAGGCGCGUGAAUCCAAACAAGGAACUGCGCAAGUUGUAGAUGUCCCUCUCGGACAAGCUACAUACGCUGAUGUGGUCGGUGUAGACGACGGAAACCGACCAUUUGUUCUGUUCUUUUGCCUCAACUGGUUCCAGAAAAAGGAGAAGAACCAGGAACCACGGUCAGUCUAUGAUGAUGAACUCGAGGAUGACGAAGAGGAUGAAAAUGUUCUUGAUCCGGUCAGCUUACCUCCUCCUGGGAUCCAGCACGAAGACAUUGAAUUGGCAACGGUGUCACAACCAAAUUUAGGACCCUCUCGCCUGGUCGAAGUAGCUCUGCCACGGAAGACUGAGACAGCGCCGAUAUAA